AUGGCUCCUUUUCGUAUCAUCAUUGUGGGUGGAGGUAUCGCCGGAUUCACUGCGGCCAUUGCUCUCCGAGCCACUGAUCGACAAAUCAUAAUUCUAGAGCAGUCGAGUCUCAACAAAGAGAUUGGGGCUUUGAUUUCUCUUCAACCAAAUGCAGCUAGAAUUGCUGGGUUGGAAUGGCAAUUGGAGCAGGAUUUUCUGAAAGCCCAGCAGAUGGUAGAUGAAGGAUUUCGCAUCUACAACACCGACGGAGAUCUUGUCAGAACCAUUCCAUUGGCGACAAAAGAUAAGUAUGGAGCUGAGAGGUUGCUAUUCCAUCGAAAAGAUCUUCAUGAAGCGUUGAAGAAAGCAGCGAUCUCGCCAGAAAGAGCAGGCGAUCCAGUAGUCGUGCGUGUAUCUUGUCGGGUGCUCGAAUGUGAUGCAUUUCGCGGCACCGUGACCUUGGAAGGGGGCGAGGUUGUCAAGGGUGAUCUCAUAAUUGGUGCAGAUGGAAUCCAUAGCGUACUUCGCAAACAUGUUGUUGAGGACAACCCGAGCCCUAUACCCACCGGUCACUCUGCCUACCGUCUCAUGGUGCCAACUGAGAUUCUCGAAAGGGAAGAACCGGAAUUUUGUGCUAAAAUCAACCCCCGCGAGCCAUUCACAUCCAUGAUCGUGGCCCACAAUUGCCGUCUCAUCAUGGGUCCCGGUAGACAAGGUGAAGUUUAUGGCAUUGUUGCCUUGGUUCCAGACGAGCAGAUGACCGAGGAUCCUACUCUCAAGCAGUCGUGGGUAUCUGAAGGAAAUAUCGAAAAGAUGCUUGAAACCUUCCGAGAGUUUCCAUCAUGGGUCAAGAACAUCUUCCGACAUUCACCCGACCUUGGAUUGUGGCAGCUCAGAGAUAUGGUAUCUCCCACUCCACAAUGUUUUAGCAACCUUGGAAGUCUCGCUGAUAGGAUUUAG